CCCGCGCUGCCGCGCGCUCGCAGGGGACGCACAGGAACCGGAGCAGCACUGCCGCCUCUGGCGCGAAGGCUCAGUGCCUGCUCCCGCCCCAGUCACUGUGGCUCGGCGCGCGCGGCCGGCGGCUGCCCUUUCCGCCUCCGGGGAGCCAAACUCGCGGGCCUCUGCGGCGCUUGCACCAUGGCUUCGGGCCGGAGGGGAUGGGACAGUUCCCACGAGGACGAUCUGCCCGUGUACCUGGCCAGGCCGGGCACCACCGACCAGGUCCCGCGGCAGAAGUACGGCGGCAUGUUCUGCAACGUGGAGGGCGCCUUCGAGAGCAAGACGCUGGAUUUCGAUGCCCUGAGCGUAGGGCAGCGGGGCGCCAAGACCCCCCGGAGCAGCCAGGGCGGCGUCCGCACCCCCGGGAGUCGGCCCGGAGUAGAGGGGGACUCCCCGCGCAGGGGCCAAGGCCGGGAGGACAGCGGGGAGCCCGCGCCCGCGGCGCCCGCUCCCGCCGGGGUGGAGAUCCGGAGCGCCACGGGCAAGGAGGUGCUGCAGAACCUCGGUCCCAAGGACAAGAGUGACCGUCUCCUCAUCAAGGGAGGCAGAAUCGUCAAUGAUGAUCAGUCCUUUUAUGCUGACAUUUACAUGGAAGAUGGCUUAAUAAAGCAAAUUGGAGACAAUCUGAUUGUCCCUGGAGGAGUGAAGACCAUCGAAGCCAACGGGAAGAUGGUGAUCCCUGGGGGCAUUGAUGUCCACACCCACUUUCAGAUGCCGUACAAGGGGAUGACCACAGUCGAUGACUUCUUUCAGGGCACAAAGGCUGCCUUAGCAGGCGGCACCACUAUGAUCAUUGAUCAUGUGGUGCCUGAGCCUGAGUCCAGCCUGACCGAGGCCUUUGAGAAGUGGCGCGAGUGGGCUGAUGGGAAGAGCUGCUGUGACUAUGCCUUGCACGUGGACAUCACCCACUGGAACGACAGCGUCAAGCAGGAAGUGCAGAACCUCAUCAAGGACAAAGGGGUUAACUCCUUCAUGGUUUACAUGGCCUACAAGGAUUUGUACCAAGUGUCCAACACCGAGCUGUAUGAGAUCUUCACCUGCCUAGGAGAAUUGGGGGCCAUUGCUCAAGUUCAUGCUGAGAAUGGGGACAUCAUUGCCCAGGAGCAAAACCGGAUGCUGGAAAUGGGAAUCACUGGCCCAGAGGGCCACGUGCUGAGCAGACCAGAAGAGCUGGAAGCAGAGGCUGUGUUCCGUGCCAUCACCAUUGCCAGCCAAACCAACUGCCCCCUGUACAUCACGAAGGUCAUGAGCAAGAGCGCAGCUGAUCUCAUCUCACAAGCCAGGAAGAAAGGAAAUGUGGUCUUUGGUGAGCCCAUCACUGCCAGCCUUGGCAUAGACGGAACCCACUACUGGAGCAAGAACUGGGCCAAGGCGGCUGCUUUCGUGACGUCCCCACCUCUGAGCCCCGACCCAACCACUCCUGACUACAUCAACUCCUUGCUGGCCAGUGGUGAUCUGCAACUCUCCGGCAGUGCCCACUGCACCUUCAGCACUGCUCAGAAAGCCAUUGGGAAGGACAACUUCACAGCCAUCCCCGAGGGCACCAAUGGUGUGGAGGAGCGGAUGUCUGUCAUCUGGGACAAGGCUGUGGCCACAGGGAAAAUGGACGAAAACCAGUUUGUGGCCGUGACAAGCACAAAUGCUGCCAAGAUCUUCAACCUGUACCCCCGCAAGGGGAGAAUAUCGGUGGGUUCUGACAGCGACCUGGUCAUCUGGGAUCCAGAUGCCGUGAAGAUCGUCUCUGCUAAGAACCACCAGUCGGCUGCAGAAUAUAACAUUUUUGAAGGCAUGGAGCUGCGUGGGGCCCCCCUGGUGGUCAUCUGCCAGGGCAAGAUCAUGCUGGAAGACGGCAACCUGCACGUGACCCAGGGUGCUGGCCGCUUCAUCCCCUGCAGCCCGUUCUCCGACUACGUCUACAAACGCAUCAAGGCCAGGAGGAGGAUGGCAGACCUGCAUGCCGUCCCGAGGGGCAUGUAUGAUGGGCCCGUCUUUGACCUGACCACCACCCCCAAAGGGGGCACCCCUGCGGGCUCUACCCGGGGCUCGCCCACCCGACCCAACCCACCUGUGAGGAAUCUCCACCAGUCGGGCUUCAGCCUGUCAGGCACCCAAGUGGAUGAGGGAGUCCGUUCAGCCAGCAAGCGCAUCGUGGCGCCCCCUGGAGGCCGCUCGAAUAUCACAUCCCUGAGUUAAGCAGCCUCUCUCCAAAGCGGGGAAGAAGCAAGAAGAGAUUUUUCUGAAGCCAAAAUGGUACACCGAUAUUUAAGAAGGAAAGCAAGUCCAAAUGGUUGCGAUCUAAAGAAUCAAUAAGCCUCAAGCCUUAUGUUUCUCCAUGUUAAGCUCGCUUGCUUAGCUUUACAAAUAUUGCUUUGUUUUCUGUUUAUGCAUAGCCUUGAUUUUUUUGGACCCUUUCCCCCAUUUACAUGCAUGCAACCAGACAGGCCACUAAGGUAAAAGAGUCUGCUAUAUUAUAGUGUUGAGAGCGUGUGUAGUGCUGCAUCUUACGACAAGGGGACAGACAAAGCUGGGAGGUCAGGGAAAUGAACGAGGGACGCAGGUUUUGGGGGUGAGUGGGUGGCGGGAGCCCAGAGCGAGGUGGAGGGCACCGAGGGGACAGGGUCGGGUGUGUAGGAGGGAGGUGGGUGGGCGGGGUGAGCAGAAAGGGUGUUGUGUAUCGUGUUGAUGAUGUACGUUUAUGUCCACGGAGGGGCCGCUAGGGCAGCGGUCACUUACUGUGGUCUCCUAGAGUCUGCAGAGAAGGUGGGCUCGACUUUGGGUUCUGGAUUUGUCACAUCCCGUCCCAGUACCGAGUAGAUUUUGUUUCUUUGAACAUUUAUUAAAACACCAAAAACCCAAUCAUUUCUUCCACCCGCUUGGUUAUGCUGGUGUUUGUUUGGGCCUUUUUCUUGGUGUUGCUUUCCAGCCCUCCCCAUUCCUGGGUGGGGAAGGUGGGAUAGGGAGGAGCAAACCAUGCACCUCUCCCUCUGUCCUCCCUGCCUCUGAGGCGCUCUUAAAAGGCAACGACUGAGGACGCAGCUCAGGCUCUUGGGUGGAGAGCAGAAGCCAAGAUGCACCGUCCUCUGACCAGCUGCUGGGGCAGAGGGGCACAGUGCAGGGCCUCUGUGACCAGUGGUGGGUGUGGGGUUCUCCUGACCUCCUGAGAUCCAAGCACAUCAGUGACUGCAUAGGACUCUUUAAUCAAAGCAGUCUAUAUUUUAGUUCCUUAAAUUAUAGGUAGUCUCAGCUUCCAUGGGAAUCAAGCAGGGAUGUGGGAAAGUUAGUCUUAAUGAGAGAGAGCACAUUCUGCAAGCCUGAUUCAGUUCCUCAGUUGUAAGCCAUCUCUUUCUUUUUGCAUUGGUAAAUACAUGGGACAACCUUUGUUUUGGUACCAAAAUCUCCGACUGAGUUGCAGUGACAUGAUACGGGGUGUGUGAAGGGAAUUUGCGGGGAGUUUGCGUCACCCUUGUCAGCCAGAGCUGUGUCCAUUUCCUUAUCAGGCCACCUCUGAAAACUCAGUUUUGGAGCAGAUUCUGUGAGCGAGCCACAGUGUGGAGAGCAGACCUGAGAUACCCCCUCCCUUACACAGGAGGAAUACCUUAAUCCUGGGGUUGGUCAGCCUUCUGUGCCCCAGGGAAUCCAGCUGGUAACACCCUGUGUACUAAGUACUUUGAAGAGAAGAGCAGGCCUCAUGCACCUUUUAAGUGCUUAGAAGAAACCGCUGUCUCUGACCACAGUUGUUUUUGUUGUUUUCUUUGUGGUGCUGGGGGUUAAACCCAAGGCCUCCCAUAUACUAGACAAACCCUCUGCCACUGAGCUGUAUCCCAGCCCUCACUGCAGGUUUUAAUAAACUGAAGAUGAGAUAAAAGUGAUCAUUUAGCUACAAAGAAUUUAGAAAUAGCCAGGAAAAAGUGUUUCCCAUCGCAAGCAGCUUUCUGUUCUAAUGAAAACACUUUCACCUCCUAAUAGGAAACCUUGCUGUUUUAAGGCUCUCAUGGUGCUUUUAUUUUAAAGAAAACCUUAGUUCAAGGGGAAAAAAUCAGCUUUAAUUCAUGGUUCAAAUAUUUGAGAGCCUACCAAGGAUCUCAAAAUGACUGUUACAGGCAAAGGGAGUGUGCUGGAUUGAAAUCAUAUACCUCAGUAGCCAGGCUAGGCUUCAGAAAGGUAGCAGUACCAGUCAUGUCCACCAGAUGGAGGAAGAGACAUGUGAGUAAACCCUAGCAUGGGCAGGGCCUUCUGCACAAUUUGCUCUGUGGGCAGGAGCCUGACUCAGUCACCCUUCCUGCUCCCAGGGUUCUCACUGCCCAGAAGGUAAGUUUUCUAUGGGCCGAUUGGACAUCGGCAGUGCACUUGGGGCUUCCGAAAUGCAGCAUUCAACCAAAACUUUUCUGUUCUGUGUGAGCUUUCCAUGCUCUCACGAUAACCUCAGCGUGCCAUCUUAGGAAGCCACCCUUCCUUCACUCUCCAUUAAACGUUCGGGGGUAGAGAGUCUUCAGGAUUCCUAGGACUCUCCCCCUUACUUUAAUGCAUAUGCUGAGUAUCACAUUAAGUUAAAAUGUGUACUCAGAACUGAUCUGUUCCACAGACCCACUGAACAGCCCUAUGCAAAGGGCAUAGAGGGUAAGAAAUAACCUGGCCCCCUCUUUCCAGGCCUGCUGGCCUCUCACCCCGGUGGCAGGGUAAUAAUGGGUCUCCUGUCUCCUGAGCUGGUGUUUCCUGUCUGCCUCCUGGCCUGGCCCCUCCUCUGAGGAUGACCUCGCCACUCCCUUCCUGGCUUCCUCUCCUUCUCAUCCCACCGGAAUGCUUUGGUGAGGGCCCCCAGGGUGGAUGGGUACUUCACAGUUUAUGUAUGGAACUUCUAACUAGCGAUUUCUUUUAUGUCCAAAAACAAGAAGGGUUAUAGUCAUGCUGCAAUUGCGUUUCGUUUCCAAGUCCACUCACUGUGGCAUUGUUCUCCAUGGCUGUACCCAGAAAGUCUUUCUCAUCUUCCAAACCUAAAGCCGGAGCCUGGGCUCCGAGCUCCUCACCUCGCAACGCCCCUUCCAACAGGGCGGACACCUCCCAACUUCAGUUCCUGCCACGAGUCUCCCAGAACCCUCCCGUGGACCAGCCCAGAGUGAGUCCUGGCUGUACUGGGGCUGUCUGGGCAGCUGGCAUCCUCGUGAGUCCCCCCUUUGAGAAGUGCUGUGUGGGUGUUCCGUUCCGUGUCUGGUGGGUGUGGACAGACAGUAACCCUCCCUGUGAUCUGUGCUAGCUGUGCGGCAGCUCAGGACACAAGAGCUGUCAGGUUUGAACCGUGAAGAAAACCGUGUAUUGAGUUAGCUGAGAUUAAAGACAAAUUCAUCAAGUGACUGUUCAUGUAAACCUGGUUAUUAAAAUAACUGUAAAAUUA